CGAACCCAAUUUUCAGUUUGGCAACAACGCCAGUGUUCGACACAAGUGGCAUUUGACUCACUCUCUCGGAGAGUUAGUAUUUUAGUUCGUGUGUAUUACUUAAGACUACUUGAGGCGUAACAUGGAUAGUUUGUCAGUUAAUAUUAAAAUAUAAUAAAGAAAUUAAUAAGUGAUUUUGAAAAUGACAUUGUGUAUUUAAACGCCUGAUCUUUUUUCUAAUUUUCCCUGGAUAUACCGGCAAAAUCAAGCACACUAAAGAUAAUAUCCAAGAUUACAAGAUUAAGAACAAAAUCACAAGCUCUUCUUGGUAAAGCAAAAAAAAACAUGGAAGACGAAGAAGGAGGAUCGGGUCACAAAAAUGCUUUCAUCAAAUUUUUUUCAUUCACAAAUCCAGCGGUAAAAAAGCUUCUUGGUUGGAAGCAGGGUGACGAGGAAGAAAAAUGGGCUGAAAGAGCUGUCGAUGCAUUAGUAAAAAAAUUAAAGAAAAAAAAAGGUUCUCUCGAUGAAUUGGAACGUGCAUUAAGUAAUCCUGGUGUUCCAAGUAAAUGUAUAACAAUUCCACGUAGUCUCGAUGGUCGAUUACAAGUAUCACAUCGUAAAGGUUUGCCACACGUUAUUUAUUGUCGUGUAUGGCGAUGGCCCGAUUUACAAUCGCACAAUGAAUUAAAAUCCAUUGAAUCAUGUCAAUUUCCAUUUAAUGCAAAAAAACCCGAGGUCUGCGUUAAUCCCUAUCAUUAUAAACGUGUUGAUAUUCAAAUGUUACCACCAAUUCUUGUGCCAAGACACUCGGAAUAUCCACCUGAUCAUGCACUUCAACCAUUUCAACAAGCAGCCACUGAAUAUGUGAUGCCAAAAAAUAUGACCUGCUCCAAUAAUGGUUUCAAUAAUUCAGCUAAUUCACCUGGCGGAAUGCCAAGUCCUGGUGGACUUUCACAUCCUGGCAGAUUUCCAUCGCCUGAUGAUUUUCCAACAUCCGGAGGACUUCCAACACCACCAAUGGAAUCAUCACUCACAAAUCUCGAGCAAUCAUUUAUUCCACAAAAUUUCACUAAUGACGUUGAUUUUCAAACUGAUUUCACACAAUAUUUAAAUACAAAUAAUUGUGACAAAUCACCAUAUCAAUCGCAACAAUUCGCUCAAUCGCAGUAUAAUAAUCAUAAUAAUCAACAUCAUCAUCAUCAUCAACAACAACAACAACAACAACAACAACAACAACAUCAACAACAUCAGCAAAUGAAUGGAAAUCAAAUGUUGAAUAAUCCAACGUCAAAUGUUAUUUCAAAUCAAGUUGCACAAGUUUGUUAUCAAGAACCACAAAAUUGGUCAACAAUUUCAUAUUAUGAAUUAAAUGUACGAGUUGGUGAAGUUUUUAAUUGUCAAUCGCAUAAUAUAAUUGUCGAUGGAUUUACACAUCCAAAUAAUGCGGCACGAUUUUGCUUAGGGCAAUUGUCAAAUAUUAAUAGAAAUUCAACUAUUGAAAAUACAAGGAGACAUAUUGGAAAGGGUAUAAGUUUUCAUUAUGUCAAUGGUGAAGUUUAUGCAAAAUGCUUAUCGGAUUAUUCAGUUUUUGUACAAUCGAGAAAUUGUAAUCAAGCACAUGGAUUUCAUUUGAGUACUGUUUGUAAAAUUCCACCAAAAUGUUCGCUCAAAAUUUUUAGCAAUCAAGAAUUUUGGUCAUUAUUACAAGAGACGGUUAAUCGUGGAUAUGAAGCUGUUUACGAGUUGACAACAAUGUGCCUUAUUAGAGUAUCAUUUGUAAAAGGAUGGGGAGCAGAAUAUCAUCGUCAGGACGUUACUUCAACACCAUGUUGGAUCGAAGUGCAAUUAAAAGGACCAUUGCAGUGGUUAGAUAGAGUUCUUAUGGAAAUGGGUUCACCUCAAUUUGCAAUAGGAUCUAUGUCGUAACUAUGCAUGUGUAUAAUAUAAAGUAAUAUUGUGCCUUAUUCAGUAAAUUUUUUUGUGAUAUUAUUAAGUGCUUCAUAUACAUAUGAAACUCAGGCAAUAUUCAUAAAUAUAUUAUUUAAUUUAUGAAAAAAUAUUUUAUUUAUAAAUAUUGAUUUAUAAAUACAUAUUAUAAAUAUAUUCUUAAUUAAAUUUUAAGAUCAUAAAUUAUUAUUAUUAUAUGAAAAUUUGAAAAAAAGUGCUCAAAUUUUUAUAUCAUUCUAUUUAUAUAUCACUCUAUUUAUAUAUAAAUUUUUUGAAAACAAUAUAUUUUUUUGUAAAAAAGCGAUGUGUAAUAUAUAUAAUGUAAAAUUGAGAUAAAUAUUAAAUAUAUAUAUAUAAUUAUAUUAUAUACACAAUAUUCUAGAAAACUGUAAAAACUCUCAUGAUGAAGAAUUUUUCGGAUAUAUACAAAAAUGACAAUGACUGUGAAAAAUGAAUUCUAAUGAUAUAUUAAAAUUAUUAUAUUUAAUAUUAUAUAUUUGAUAAAAUCUAGUGUAGAAGAUUUUUUCUUCAAGAUUAUUAUAUAUUAUUAAAUAUUAAUUACUAUUUACACAUAGUUACAUUAAUUAAUUCAAUUAUAAGUUACCUUUAAUUUAUAACUUAUUAUUAAUUAAUAAUAAAUAAUAAUCUAUUUGUCCUGUAGUUUAUAAUAUUUUAAUUAUAAUUUAUUUUUUUAAAAACAUUCAUUUUUCGCAGUUUUACGAAUUAAUUUUCAAAUUGAAAUAUUGAAUGAAGAAUUAUAAUUUUUUUUUUUUGUUAUUAUUAAUAUUAUUUAAAAGUUAAUAUUGGUCGUUAAUUGAUAAACUGAAUGGUAAUGAUAAUUAAUUAGUAUUAUUAUUAAUAUAAUAAUAAUUAAUUAAUAAUUAUUAUUUUAAAUUAUUAUAAAUUUUUUGCAAAUAAUAUUAUGAAUGUCGCAAAUAAUACAAAAUUGUAUUAAUGUGAGAUUUGUGUGUAUUAAAAAUUGUAUUUUUCUUUUUUUUUUUUGAUGAUUUCCUUUCUUGUUAGAUUGGCUAUAAUAAUGAAAUUAUUUUUCGUGAAUUUUUAUAAUACUCAAUAUACACGUAUUUAUGAUAUACAUUUUUAUUUGUGUAGUAAAUGUAUUCCAGAACCAAAUGUAUUAAUCAGUAUUAUGUAA